AUGGUCUACAACGCUCGAUGGGGCAUUCUCGCCACUGGCGGAAUUGCAAAGACAUUCGUCAAGGACCUCCUCCGCGACCCCAAAGCGCGCGACACCAACGACGUAACCCACAGCGUCACCGCCGUAGCUUCAUCCUCGUCCAAAACGCGCGCUGAAGAAUUCAUCUCCGACAUCAACAUCCCCGGAAACCCUACUACGUACGGGUCCUACGACGAGCUGGUAGCUGACCCAAACAUCGACAUCAUCUACAUCGCCACGCCGCAUUCUCACCACUACCAAAACGCGCGUCUCGCGCUGGAGAGUGGGAAGAAUGUCCUCUGCGAGAAAUCGUUUACAGUGAAUGCCGCACAAACCAAGAUUCUGGUUGAGCUUGCGAAACAGAAAAAACUGUUUUUGAUGGAGGCCGUUUGGACGCGGUAUUUCCCGUUGAGUGUGCAGGUUCGCGAGCUUAUCCAGAAAGGAGAAAUUGGAGAGGUGCUGCGCGUUACUGCAGAUAAUAGUAUUGGCCAGGGAGGUUGGGAUCAGAGUCAUCGCAUGCUCAACUUGGAUCUUGCGGGGGGCGCCCUUCUCGACUUGGGCAUCUACUCUCUCACCUGGGCCUUCCAAACGCUGUACCACACCCUUCCCCUCUCGCAGCGUAAACCGCCUUCAUCAAUCCUCUCGACCAUGGUGAAAACCGCCAGCACGGGGGCCGACGAAGACACCACCAUGCUCAUUACUUUCCCAACAACCACCCCCUCCAACAAUCUCCAACGAACCUCGCACGCCGUCGCCAUGACCGCUUUCCCCGUGGACAGCAACCCAGACAAACAAAACUCUGCGCGGCCCGCGAUUCGCAUUCAGGGAACAAAGGGUGAGAUCCAGGUUGAUGGGCCGGCGUAUCGGCCAGAGCGGUACCGCGUUAUUUCCAAGACACGAGAAGGAGAACCGGUAAAAGCUGUGAGGGAGGUUGAGAAUGUGUUUCCGUCGAAUGGGCAUGGUAUGUACUGGGAAGCUGACGAGGCAGCGCGCUGCGUGCGCGACGGGAAAUUGGAGAGUGAAGGCAUGACGUGGGAGGAGAGUGUGGUUAUUAUGGAGGUCAUGGAUGAGGUGCGCAGGCAGCAUGACCUGGUGUAUCCGGAGAAGAUUGAGUCGACGGACUAUCCGAUCAAGCUGUAG